AUCACUAAAAUACCAGGAAUCGCUUGUGAGAAAAUAGAACAAAAGACGCAGGCAGAGCUUUGAAAGCACUACGGAGCUAUGAAGGGGCUUGGACAAGGAUAUACUGGAUAAAUGUAAGAUUGAGAAGAGCGUGUGAAGAUCGUUCUUAAGAAAAGAAAAACCAGAAGCCAGCGUUUUAAAGCACUGGGAGACUGCUAAAGGAUUGGAUGCAAACAAUCGCUUUCCCAACACGGAGAAGAUGGAGAGAAUUCACCCAAACAGGCAAGUCAUGGCUUUUAUAUUUAUGCUGGUUUGGGUUCAGGUUUGGAGUGAGCCAACAACUCGAUACUUUAUCUUGGAGGAAGCAGAAAGCGACUCCUUUGUAGCCCAUCUGGCCAAGGACCUGGGUCUGAGAUCUGGGGACCUGAGAGCCCGGUCUGCACGGGUGGUGUCAGAUGAUUACAAGCAGCGAUUACUGCUGGAUCCCGAGACUGGAGAUCUGCUUCUGAGGGAGAAGCUAGACCGGGAAGAGCUCUGUGCCUCUGUGGACCCCUGUGUCCUGCAUUUCCAGGUGUCUCUGGAAAAGCCAGUGCAGUAUUUUCAAGGAGAAUUACUGAUCCAGGACAUAAAUGACCACUCACCAGAAUUCCCAGAUAGGGAAAUGCUUUUGAAAAUACCAGAAAAUAGCCAGCCAGGCACUCUGUUACCAUUGAAUUUAGCCCAGGAUUUGGAUGUGGGCAGCAAUGGGCUUCAACAGUACACAGUCAACCCCAACUCUCAUUUUCAUGUCCUCACUCGAAAUAAUAGUGAAGGCAAGAAAUACCCAGAAUUGGUGCAGGACAGAGCCCUGGACAGAGAGGAGCAGGCAGAGCUGAGCUUGACCCUCACGGCUCUGGAUGGGGGCUCUCCACCUAGGUCAGGAACAGCCAUGGUUCGAAUCCUGAUCCUGGACAUCAAUGACAAUGCCCCUGAAUUUGUGAAGACCCCCUAUGAGGUGCAGGUCAUGGAGAGCAGCCCCCCAGAAUCAGAGGUCCUGACUGUCCUAGCACAGGAUGCAGAUGCUGGCAACUUUGGGAGAGUUUCCUAUGGCUUGUUCCAAGCAUCAGAUGAAGUUCAACAGACUUUCUCAAUAAACGAAAUCACGGGAGAAAUACGACUGAAAAAGGGAUUGGACUUUGAAAAAAUUAAGUCUUACCAUGUGGAAAUCGAGGCCACGGAUGGAGGAGGACUAUCUGGGAAGGGCGCUGUGCUGAUAGAGGUGGUGGAUGUGAACGACAACGCCCCAGAGCUGACCAUAUCUUCACUGACCAGCUCAGUCCCAGAAAAUGCUCCUGAGACCAUAAUCAGCAUCUUCAGAGUUGGAGACAGGGAUUCUGGAGAGAAUGGAAAGGUGGUUUGUUCUAUUCCAGAAACCCUGCCAUUCAUCCUAAAAUCCACUUUCAAGAAUUUCUACACCCUGGUGACAGAGAGUCCUCUGGACAGAGAGAGCAGAGCUGAGUACAACAUCACCAUCACAGUCAGCGACAUGGGCACACCCAGGCUCACAACCCAGCACAUCAUAACAGUGCAGGUGUCUGACGUCAACGACAACGCCCCUGCCUUCACACAAAGCUCCUAUACCCUGUUUGUCCAUGAGAACAACAGCCCCGCCCUGCACAUAGGCACCAUCAGCGCCACAGAUUCAGACUCAGGCUCCAAUGCCCACAUCACCUACUCGCUGCUGCCCACUCAAGACUUGCAUCUGCCCAUCACUUCGCUGGUCUCCAUAAAUGCCGAAAAUGGUCAGCUGUUCGCUCUCAGGGCGCUGGACUAUGAGGCUCUGCAGAGCUUCGAGUUCCGCGUGGGCGCCACAGACCAAGGCUCGCCCGCGCUCAGUAGCCAGGCGCUGGUGCGCGUGCAGGUGCUGGACGCCAACGACAAUUCGCCCUUCGUGCUCUACCCGCUGCAGAACGCCUCUGCGCCCUUCACAGAGCUGCUGCCCAGGGCGGCAGAGCCUGGCUACCUGGUCACCAAGGUGGUGGCAGUGGACCGCGACUCUGGCCAGAAUGCCUGGCUGUCAUUCCAGCUGCUCAAGGCCACGGAGCCAGGGCUGUUCAGCGUGUGGGCUCACAAUGGCGAGGUGCGCACCUCCAGGCUGCUGAGUGAGCGCGAUGCGCCCAAGCACAGGCUGCUGCUGCUGGUCAAAGAUAAUGGCGAUCCCCCGCGGUCUGCCAGUGUCACUCUGCAUGUGCUGCUGGUGGAUGGCUUCUCUCAACCCUACUUGCCACUACCGGAGGUGGCGCGCGACCCCGCGCACGACAAUGAGGACUUGCUCACGUUGUAUCUGGUCAUCGCCUUGGCUUCUGUGUCUUCGCUCUUUCUCUUGUCUGUGCUGCUGUUUGUGGGCGUGAGACUGUGCAGGAGAGCUCAGGCAGCCUCUCUGGCUGGUUGCUCUGCUCCCGAGAGACACUUUCCUGGACACCUGGUGGAUGUCAGUGGAGCAGGAACCUUGUCCCAGAGCUACCAGUAUGAGGUGUGUCUGACUGGGGAUUCUGGGACUGGUGAGUUCAGAUUUCUCAAUCCCAUGAUCCCUGAACUUUUGGUUCAAGAUUCUGGGAGAGAACUUAAGGAAAAUCUCCAUGGCAGGGAGAGCUUUGUUUUUAGCUAAGUCAUUGGUUCUCAACCUGUGGAUUGGGGGGGACGGACCCUUUGGGGAGUCGAAUUACCCUCUCACAGGGGUUACACAUCAGAUAUUCUGCAUAUCAGAUAUUUACAUUAUGAGUCAUAACAGAAACAUAUUACAGUUAUGAAUUAGUAACAAAAUAAUUUUAUCCUCCCAGGUCCCCAUAUCACAAAGAAAUGUAUUAAAGGGUCCUAGGAAGGUUGAGAACCACUGAACUAAGUGAUGUAAAUUCCUAAGUGUUGUACCAUUGCUUUCUUUUAAGAAAUGAUCUUGUUUCUACAAAGUUCUCUACUAAAGUACAUAUAUCCUUCAUUGCGCUGAUAGUUUCUUUUUUGUUGGUGUGAAAGUACUAGGCUUUUAGUUGUACUAAGCAUAUUUUUCUCUCUGCAUAUAAAUAUCUAUUGGUAAUUAAUACUCCCAUAGCCCUAAAUAACCCAAAUAGUAUAAAAUUUUCUUUGAGUGAUACUCUUAAUGAUCUUCUGAGACGUUUUAUUGCUCUCUCUCUCAAAAAAAAAAACUUGGAUUUGUGGCACCUGCCCUUUCCGUCUAUUUUUGUCUUUUCAAAGGUAGAUUGCUUAAAAUUACUUAUGUUGUCUGGAUCUUUCUACCUGAAUGGAAAGCCACAUUAUGUCGUGUUCACUAUCAGGCUACAUGCCCUGAAUAAGCAAAUCGUAAUGGAAAGUAUAUGAGCACCAUGCAUGCUAGUGGUCCUGUCUAUUUGACUGCAAGUGUUCUGGAAAUGAUACCAUUAAUGUUUGAAUUCUUAUUUGACAAAAAUUAAAGAGAAAAUGUAUAAUUUCUCACCCCAUUUAAAAAUAAAACUGUUAAGUCACUGCUUUGCUAUAUUAAUAAAUUUAUCUUUGGUAAUUUUGAUAAUUAAUCUCAGAAUUCUAUCUUUCUGAAAAAGGAAAUUGUAGGGCUGUUGAGGGCAUCAUGUUUACCUUUUUCUUUCUCAUACAAAUAAGUCUAUGUUUUAAUUAGUGUGACUUUUCUGAACGCUUCUCUCACCUUUCAAAUGAGGAAAUUUAUUUUGAAAUUUGGCUAUUCUGGUUGAUUCUGUUUAUUAGAAGUUUUCAGCUUUGUCACUUUGUGUUAGCUGGUGCCUUGGGUAGAGUUUAUCAAUCAGCAAAUAUUAUUUUUGAUGUUAAAUCAUUUUGUUUCAUUGUUUAGUGUACCCUUCAGGUACUUUGGGUGAAACUGACUAAUAAUAAUGAAUAGCAUUUCACUUGUUAAUAAAGUGUAGCAGUAGCAUACUCGUUGAUUUGUAAUUACAGCUUUCUGCUGUGUUCAGUAAGCCUGGUGAAAUGCGUGCUUGGCUUCUAACUCAUUACAUGUCUGUAGAUAAGACUAUGUCAAAACUCUUUGAACUUUUGGCAGAAAAUGAGCAAUUGAGAAGCUUUUUUAAUAUCUUACCGUCUAUUUCUAAGUCUUAACUAUCAGUCUAUGUGAAGUGAAGCAGUUGUAGUUUUGCCCAAAUUCCUUCGCCACCAAAGCCACACAACAAUGAAAAAGGCAAAUUAUGGCAGUUUAAGUUCUUCUUGAAACGUAGAAUUUAGUUGUCAUUCAACUAAAAAGAAAUAAAUAACCCUGAAAGUCAGUGAGCCCAUUAGGAAAAAGGGUUUGGUGGGGAGGAGGAAGUAAGAGAGGAGCUUUGAGGUGUAAGGAAGG